UGUCUCUUGAAGAUCAGUUAAUGCUUUCAAAUGCCAUAAAUCCAUUCUUAUGUUAACAUUACUCUUUAAAGCAGGUUUUCAAUUGGACCUCAUUGGUAUUAGUAGUGGGUUUUCAUUAUACACUGGCAAUGUAACAUCAACUUUGAUCAAUCUCACUGGAUGACGAAUAGCCACUUGAAUCAAGAUGAAUAUAAUGAUGAACACUUCCUCUUCCGGUGAUGACCGAGGGUCAGGAGGUCACCAUGACCAGGGUCAAUCUCCAGAAAAUCAUACUCAUAAAGUCAAGAGAGUAGAGUAUGAGACAUCACCUCCCACGUUGCUUGCGAUGUCUAUUGGUUGUGUUGCUGUGCUAGUCGCCACAGUUUUAGGCUGUGUUUACAUGUGCGCAGACUGUGAUCCAUGCGUCACAUGUCUCGAUGGGGAGGAGCCCCGCCUCAACGAUGAACAAAUGGCGUCACUGAAGAGACAUGACGCUCUCAUACACAGGUUCACCCAGUAUCCAGAACUUUUGCAACGGGAAGAAAACCAGAAAUAUAUUGUACAACUAACAAAGAAACAACUGGAAGAUAUACACACAAGAUAUUGUUUCUACUUUGUGAACAUUCCUUCUGAUCGUAGGAGAAGAAUAGAUAUAUUUCAGAUCAAAGAUGAUAUAUCUCUUGAAGGAAACUCACACCAAACUCUGCAAAGGAGAACUCUGUCUGAAGGGACGGUAAGACAUCAUGAUAACACAGUGCAUCGAUCCACACCCAAACCACUCCCAACCAGUGGACAGACAGAGAUGAGUACCACAAACCAUCUUACAAGAGCCACCACUGAGGAUGUGAAUGAGAAUUUGCAAGUAGAGCGCUUGACAAGGUUGAAGCUUAUGCUUAUUCAGCGAGGUAAUUCUACAGCACAAUCAUCUACCCAACCGAAACCUGGUCAAGUUAUAGAGCCAAGAGAUUACCCCCUAGCUGAACAAUCAUCUACCAAACAAAUGGAGGGGACAGGGACUCCUGCAAAAUUCACCUCGUCUGGAUUGAGAAAUGAAGAAGCAAUAGCAGAUAGUUCUACAGUUGGGACACUCUUAGAGUCAUCUAAUGUGAAAAGAUACCAAGAUGGAACUAAUGCAAAAGAGACAGCUUCUGAUGAGGAAUAUAAAGGGAGAAAACGUAGAGAUGAAUAUGAGGAUGAACCCGAUGGUGAACUGGACAAUGAUGAAGCUGGCCAAGUUGAUUUGAGGGAGGAUGAUAGCUGGAGCUCUAGCGGAGAGGAUGUUGCAAUAUGUUCUGCCAGAAAAGUUGCAUAUCCAGUAGUUCUUUACAUCAAUGCAGCUGGGAAUUUGGUCCAAAUUAUUCAGAGUGAAUCCUAUGACCAGUCUCUUGCCAAUGAACGAUGUACACAAGAGUACCAUACAGCCACCAAUGGGAAUCUGACCAGAACAUGUCUGACUACUUACACCCUUAAACAAGCCUAUGCAUUGAAUCUUGCAACUCUUCAGUUUGGGAGAGAAAUUAUCAAAAUGACCCAGUGCACGCCAGUGACUUUGUUUUAGUGUAGUACGCAGCAAAAGACGACAUUCUAUUAUUUGAAUAAACAUGGUUAAUUGUUCA